AUGGCUGCCGCGGCGCUUUCUCCCAUGGUACCCGUUAGUGAAGCGUUCGCUAUAACGGUACCGAAGCAGGUCGGGGCGUUCCUGCCGAAAUCCGAGGAUGGCGAAUUUGUCGUGUUUACUCCGGGAAUGAAGGACACGCCUGCUCUUAGAGCAGGCAACGUGUCCCCUUACACGUUCAACAUCCCGCCCACGUGGACUCAAUCGCGCAUCGCCAACAUCCUCUCGGGCAACUACUGCCAGCCCAAGUGCGCCGAGCCGUGGAUCGAAGUCAAGUUUGAAGACCCCAGGGAGGGCUUGCUGCAGGUGGUGGCAUCACCCAUGGUACGCCUGACCAACAAGCUCGAGCUGCCCAUCGAGGAGAUCGGCACGCCAGAGCGCAUCAUAGCGGCGCUCGGCCCGUUUGUCACCGGUGAUUCAUACGACCCUGAUGAGGUGGUGGACACACGCAUUCGCAAGGAGGGCGGCCAGACGUCUGAUUGGAGAGGAGAGGAAGUUUGCAUCCCGGAGCGCAUCAUAGCGGCGCAGGGCCCGCUUGUGACGGGCGACUCGUACGACCCUGACGAAGUUGUUGACUCGCGCAUUCGCAAGGCGGGCGGUUAG